GGUGACGCUGUCAGUUCGUCUAGCGGCGCCGUCGACCUACGUGGUUAGCUCCCUGCUCGUCUCAGUUUUAACGAAUAGUCCGCAUUAGCCUAUAACUACGAAUUUCCAGACACCAGUACCUCGACGUAAUCCGCUACGUUCAUGGCAAUUGUCUUUUUCUCUUUUUGCAUCUUCACCACUCUUUAAAAAUUCCGCCUAAAAAGAAAAAGCGUUCUGUGCCCUCUUUUGGGUUUUCAGCAGACGUGUACAAUAACUACCCAGAGGAUUUAGGAGCAGCACUUUACCGAGAGCCAUUUGACUUCAACGCCGAGCCACCUUGGGAUCCUAGCUGAUAGUGGAGGAGUUCAUUCCAGGACUCAUCCAUUUUGUCUAGGACCCCAGGGGCUCGAUAGUGAACCAACAAGACCACAUCAGACUAGCCACAUUCUUUAUGCCUGUCGGAUUAGAAGAAAACGGAUGAAAGGAUGAAAGGUGUCGCUGACGAACCACAGUAUUCUGUUGGGCUGCUGGAUGGAGACACAGCCCUCUGUGAUGUGAUUGACAGUCACAUCUAUGAACAAUCCUUGUCUGAGAAGAAUGCUUUCUUUGUAGCAGACCUAGGGGUUGUAAUGAGGCAGCAUAUUCGCUGGCGCACACAUAUGGCUCAAAUUCGACCUUACUAUCUUGUGAGAUGCAACAACAGUCCAGCUGUAAUUGAGCUUCUUGCUGCUCUUGGCACAGGAUUCAUUUGCACCAACAAGUCUGAACUUGAGCUGGUACAGAGUCAUGGAAUCCCUUCUGAAGACAUCAUCUACAGUGGUGUUUGCAAACAGGUUUCCCAGAUUAAAUACGCUGCUAAGAAUGGGAUUGACCUCCUGGUGUUUGAUAAUGAAGCAGAGCUACGCAAGAUUUCUCGCUGCCACCCCAAUGCAAAGUUACUAGUGCAGAUAUCAACAGAGGCAUCCAGACUUGAAGAUGAGAUGAGCAUGACAAUGGGUUGCUCCCUUAAGGACUGCAGGCAUCUGCUAGAGACUGCUAAGAAACUGGGCAUGCAGGUGGUGGGGGUCAGAUGUCACAUUUCCAGCUCUUGUAAGGAUGACCAAGUGUAUGUUCAUGCCAUCUCUGAUGCACGAUGUGUUUUUGAUAUGGGAGAGGAAGCUGGGUUUAAUAUGAAUAUUCUGGACAUUGGAGGUGGCUUCAGUGGUUCUGAGACCCAGCUCAAACAGAUCAACAGGGCAGUCAUGUCUGUUGUGGAGCUAUACUUCCCUCUUUGUAGUGGAGUCUCCAUCAUUGCUGAGCCAGGCAGCUACUUUAUAUCUUCUGCUUUCACCCUGGCUGUAAAUAUAAUCUCCAAGGAGGUGGUGGCACGAGAUUCUCCAGACCAUGAUGAAGCAUCUCUUAAUGAUGAGCCAGAGUUCCAGUACUACAUGAAUGAGGGGGUGUAUGGAUCAUUUGCCAGCAAACUCUGUGAAACACUAAUUGCUGCUCCAUCAGUUCACAAGAACACAUACCUGGAUGCUCCAGUGUACAGCAGCAGCCUGUGGGGUCCCUCUGGAGAUGACCUAGACCAAGUAGUGAAUCACUGUCUAUUACCUGAGCUCAACAUCGGAGACUGGCUUGUGUUCACACAACCUGGGGCCUACGGUCUGGGUCAGCCACUUUGCACCCUGGCUGAUACAUCCCCACCCCCUGUAUACUGUGUCAUCUCCUCUAGGGACUGGCUUGAGAUGCAGGAUACUGGUGUCACCCGUGAUGCUAAAUUGAAGAACUUUUCCUUGGUCCCUUACUUUCUCAAUUCCUGCCAAACGGAGGCUGCACUCUCUGUCCCAGCUUAGUGGGAUCAGGCUUUGAAUUAGGCUUUGAAGGCUUUUAACUUCUUCACUGGUUUAUGCUGCUUGCUUGCUCUGGUGUACAUUCCACUGGGAUAAACUGAACCAACAGUAAUAGCUGAAAAUGAAUUCAUCUCACAAACCCCAGUGUACAAUAUAUGUGUGAUCCCAAGUAGAUGUUAAUUGGUAUGCAACAAAAUGGAUGACUGCAAAAAGAGUUGCAUUGUUGCCUUUGCUUUAGACCACCUAUUUCGCUACGGUUUGCGCUUGUGCAGUAAAUGUGAUGAUAUUGCACAGUAACAUUAUCUCUGACUCCAAUUGUUGUUGCCAGUAUUGUAAAGUGAAGCUGUGCAUUUAACAUUACAACAUUAACACAGUUGUGACAUCUUUGAGGGUAUUUUGCUCCUAGAUGUGUGUUUAUGAUUUUAAAUGCUUAUAGUUUUGUGUGAUAAGGUUUAAUUCCAGUAUUACAUUGUAAAAUCUGUAGUCCUUCUCUGCAUGUUAAACUGGAGGCUUGUAGCACAGUACUGCUGCACAUCUGAACGAAAGUUUGCUUCUCUGUUUGAUGCAGUGAAUGAAGCCUGUGUGAUCAAAGUGCAGGUCACCAUGAAUCUCACUCCUGGAAUAACUUGCCCCCAGACUAGUGAAAAAAAGCAGGUAACAUAACAAAUCAGGUUUAUGAAAACAGCAUGUGCUGCAGUUGGAGCAGAGAAAGUGUUAAUAGGUAAUGAUUCAGCUAAGAUGGAAAGGGGGUCUUUGCUUGGGGGAUAUGUAAUACUACAACCAUCCAUUAAUAUGUAUCUUGUAUUCAACAUUUGUAAGUUGUUUAAAUGUUAUGGUAUGUCCCAUAUAAACAUAUGUGCAAAGUGUUUAUCAUAUCUAUAACAUCUGAGUCUGUGAUUAAUAAUUGGGAAUCUGUCUUUUAUUAACUUGUAGCUGCGCUUGGCAACUUGAACAGUAAUAAAGACCUCAUUGAACUGUC